UAUACAUAAAUAUUUAAUUAGUCGCUUAAGCUUAUCGCUUUAAUGAUUAAUUGGAAAUUUCUCUUAAAAGUCAAGGUUUCUAGUAAAGAGAGAUGUGCGGUUUAAAAUUCCAAAUCACAUCCUUAUUUAUGUGUCUCGUCACACUCUGCUGUGUAUCAGCCUACGUUGAGAGAGACGUUGGACGAAUGAGACCCGAAAGGAGUACUGAAGCUAAAAUCAAUUUCAGAGAAGGGAAGACGUCGACGUCUGAAGAACCGGUUAAGAACUGUGUCUGUUCCAAAGUUUACGAUCCGGUUUGCGGGUCAAAUGAUAAAUCAUACUACAACAUUUGCCAGCUACAAUGUGAAAAUAAACCCGGCACUGUUCACGUUUUGCAUCAAGGGAACUGUAUACCGUUCUGAUUAAAUACCGAGCUGACCUAUAGAAAUAAAAAAAACAUUAAACAAAAAUCUUUGC